AUGGGUUUCAAGUACGGAAAAGUGCUGGUUCUGGGCGCCACCAGCGGCAUCGGCUGGGCUAUGGCGAAGAAGUUCCUCGACGAAGGCUGCUCGGUCGUCAUAGUCGGCCGCCGUAAGGAGAAUCUGGACGAUUUCGUUUCGAAGUACGGCAAGGAUGGCAAAGUCGAUUCCAUUCAAUUCGAUAUCACGGACCUCAAAGCCAUCCCCAAGUUCGUUAGCGACAUUGUUUCCAAGCAUGCAGACCUCGAUUGCGUCUUCAUGAACUCCGGUAUACAGCGCCACCUUGACUGGAAGGAGCCCGAGAAGGUUGACCUAGACCUAUUGGAGACGGAAUUUACUACGAACGUAAGCACUCGGAGCUCGAGCGCUUACCGUCGAGGUUGCUGACAUGUUCCAGUACCUCUCUUAUAUGCACCUUACCAAAGCCUUCCUGCCAUUCCUCCAGAAGCAAGCUCCCAAGGAAGUGGCCCUGGUGUACGUCACCUCUGGCCUGGCUCUCAUCCCAAUUGUGUAUUGUCCCAACUACUGCGCUUCGAAAGCUGCUCUUCAUCACAUGGUUCUCGCCAUGCGCCUCCAGAUGAAAGAGAUGAACUCCAAUGUCAAGAUCGUCGAGCUGCUCCCACCGGCCGUGCAGACCGAACUUCACGAUGACAAGCAUCAGCCAGAAUUCCAAGGGAAAGGGGGCAAUAUCGGCAUGCCGCUGGCGGACUUUGUCGAAGAGGCGUACGCGGGUCUCAACUCGAAGGAGAAUGAGCAGGUGCCGGUGGAGAAUGUCCACAAGAUGAUGGGGUUCAAUGAGUGGGAGAUGGAGCGGCAGAACAAGAUGAACAAGAUGUAUGAGAUGAUGAAGGCCUCUCACUGA